AUGUUUGCAUUCGAUAUGUUGUCUGCAAUCAUACUCGUUGUGCUUUUCUCGCAUGCAGGUAAUGCUGCUUCUGCUGUUGUUGAUAAUAAUCAGUAUUUGUUGAAAUUAAAUGAAGAAAUUUUAAAUAAAUUACGAAUAUCCUCGGAUCGUCUACUAACAGCAAAUGCCUAUCAAGAAUUUGAAUUAUUCAAUGAUUAUCAGUGUGCUAUCGAAUGUAUUAAAGAUAAAAACAGCUGUACUGACUAUGCAUUUAACGAUCAAACUCACAUAUGUUUAUUAUUCGACGAUUCAACUGAAACAAUCGAUGAGAAUGUGAUCAAAUUGCGUAAAAUCUUGAAACCAAAGCCGUGUGAUAGUGUUAAAUGUAAAUCUGACGCUAUUUGUCUCGAAGAUGAAAAGCCAAGAUGCGUAUGUCUAAACGGAGAACCCACACCCGAAAACUGCGAUAAGAUAGAAAUUGGUACAUGGACAGAUUACAAUGAAUGGUCAACAUGUAGUGUAACAUGUGGUGAAGGCUUUCAAUUCCGAAAACGCGACUGUGUCACCGUAAAUGAUACGAAUCAAAAUAUUUCAAGUGAGAAGUGUAUUGGUAAAGAUACAGAAAUACAACCAUGUACUGUGACAUCAUGUCCAGUAUAUGGACUGUGGUCAUCAUGGACGCCUUGUUCAACAUUUUGUGGCAUUGGUAUAAAACAACGUAAUCGUUCUUGUAUUCCGCCAGGUUCAAAUUGCGGAAAUUACACUUUUGAACAGCGAGCUUGUGGUGAAGCUCAUUGUCAACGCGUUGCUGGUAUCAAAGAAACAGAGCCCGACAAACAUUCAAUGAAAGGUUAUUUAGCUAUACGAGAAGGAGAUAUUCUCUGUGUUUCACAAGAGAGUGGUGCGGUGGUUAAACAUAUGGCUGAUUUAGUAUGCAAAUCAAUUGGUUUUACUCGUGGAUCUCAAUAUGCUGUUCUUACUCCAAUUUUAAAUAAUUCCUCAUGCUAUCCUGGCAUUAUUUGCGAUGGUACAGAGAAAACAUUUUAUGAUUGCAAAUUUGAUCGAACAAAAAUGUCAUCUAAUAUUAAUGAACUAUUUGCUAUUAUAACUCGAUGCAUAGUUGAUGGUGGAUUUUCUGCAUGGUCAGAAUGGUCUUCAUGUACUAAAUCAUGUGAUACUGGUCAAACAACUCGUUCGCGAACAUGCACCGAACCGACACCAUCUGAACUUGAACCUGAGACUAUCUCUGCAGACUCUUCAUUGGCAGGAAUGAAUUGUACAGGAGAAUAUGCGCAAGUUAAAACUUGUAAUGAACAACAAUGUUAA